AUGGCUUCUGUCAAUGAUAUAACUUCUCUUAUCAAGGAGUUUGGUUUCAAGGAACCCAAGUCCUAUGAAAAUUCUCAUCCGCAAUACAAUCCAAUUGAUAUAGCCCGUAAUUUUAUCGCUGAGCAACUUUCAGCUAUAACUGGCGUGUCCCCAAAUUUGGUUUUUGAUGCUUUGAAUACUCCAAACACUUUAGAUAAAGGUGAUUUGAUAAUUCCUAUUCCUAGAUUAGGCAUCAAGGGUAAUCCCAAGGAAUUAGCCGCCAAAUGGGCUGAUGCUCUAGAAACAGGCGAUUAUUUAGAUAAAAUUGAAGCUCAAGGUCCAUUUAUUCAGUUUUUUUUAUCUUCAAAUUUCUUAUUCAAAACCGUCAUCAAAUCAACCUUAAUUGAAAAGGAAUCCUUUGGCUCGAUACCAGCUCUUGGUCAAAAUAAAAAAAUUAUCAUUGAGUUUUCUUCUCCUAACAUUGCAAAACCAUUCCACGCCGGCCAUUUACGUUCAACUAUCAUUGGCGGUUUCUUAUCUAAUUUGUAUGAAGCUUUAGGUUGGGAAGUUAUUAGAAUGAACUAUUUAGGUGAUUGGGGUAAACAAUUUGGUUUAUUAGCCGUUGGUUUUGAAAAAUAUGGCUCUGAGGAAAAAUUAAAGCUUGAUCCAAUUAACCACUUGUUUGAUGUUUACGUCAAGAUAAACAAUGAUAUCAAAUUGGAAGAAACUCAAAAUACAGAUGAAACAAACACUAAAGCAAGAUUGUUUUUUAAAAAAAUGGAAGACGGUGAUGAAGAUUCCCUUAAAAUUUGGAAAAGAUUUAGAGAAUUGUCUAUCGGUAAAUAUAUCGACACUUAUGCAAGAUUGAACAUCAAAUAUCAAGUUUAUUCUGGUGAAUCCACGGUUCCUCGUCAUUUAAUGGAUGAAGCCUUGCAAAAAUUCAAAGAAAAAAAUUUAUUGACUGAAGAUAAAGGUGCUUUAUUAAUUGAUUUCAAAAAAUUUAACAAGAAGAAAUUGGGUAAAGCAAUUGUCCAAAAAUCUGACGGUACUACUUUAUAUUUAACAAGAGAUAUCGGUGCUGCCAUUGACCGUUAUAAUAAAUAUAAAUUUGAUAAAAUGAUUUAUGUUAUUGCUUCUCAACAAGAUUUGCACACUGCUCAAUUUUUUGAAAUCUUAAAACAAAUGGGCUAUGAAUGGGCAAAUAACUUGGUUCAUGUUAAUUUUGGUAUGGUUUUAGGUAUGUCAACAAGACAAGGUACUGUUGUCUUUCUUGAUGAUAUCUUGGAACAGACCAAAUCUGAAAUGCAUAAUGUCAUGCAAAAAAACGAAGCCAAAUAUGCUCAAGUUCAAGAUCCUGAUAAAGUUGCUGAUUUAGUAGGUAUCUCUGCUGUGAUGAUUCAAGAUAUGUCGGCAAAAAGAAUUGGCAAUUACUCAUUUAAAUGGGAGAGAAUGUUGUCAUUUGAAGGAGACACUGGUCCUUAUUUGCAAUAUGCUCAUUCUCGAUUAUGUUCAGUAGCAAGAAAUUCUAACAUAUCCUACGACUCUUUAGUUCAUUGCGACUAUUCUUUGCUAACCGAAUCAAUUGCCGCCACUUUGAUUCGAUUAUUGGCUCAAUAUCCUGAUAUCUUAUUGAAAUGUAUUAAAAAUCAUGAACCCUCAACUCUUGUUACAUAUCUUUUCAACUUGACCCAUACAGUUUCAUCAUGUUAUAAUAUCCUUUGGGUUGCUGGUCAAAAAGAAGAAUUGGCUACUUCUCGUUUAGCUUUGUAUUUGACUGCCAGACAAAUACUUUAUAAUGGUAUGAGAUUAUUAGGUAUUACUCCAGUAGAAAGAAUGUAA